GAAAGUGGUCCAGAAUUUGUGCAGUCUUUUUCGUUUUUGUGUGAAGCUCGUUGUUGUGCACAGAUAGAAACCAUGGCACCCGUAGCUAUCUCAAUCGGUCUUAAGGACACUCCUUACACCACCAAGGGAUACCCCGUAACUAAGAGAGAAACUCGUAACAAGCGUGUUUCCAAGAAAGGAGUAUCUUCUGCGCGAAGCAAGUUCGUCCGAUCCGUCGUCCGUGAGAUGGUUGGAUUUGCUCCUUACGAACGUCGUAUCAUGGAGUUGCUGCGAGUCUCUAAGGACAAGCGUGCCCUAAAGCUCGCGAAGAAGCGUCUUGGUACUCACGUCAGAGGAAAGGCCAAGAGAGAGGAGAUGGUAGAUGCCUUAUCAGCCAUUCACCGUGCUCAAACUCACAAGUAAAUUACUUUGGUAGGAAUAGAUGUAAAUCUCUACUAAAAUUUCUUGUGUUUGCCUAUCAAACUGUGUGGUACUGAUGGGCGACAAUAUAUUUGAAUAAUGCAUGGUUCGAAAUACGAGCCUUGUAGUAUGUAUGUAUUGGGAAUGCGGAUUAUUUCCUGAAGCCAUGGCUGGAUAAUCGGAGGUGCCUUGAGUAGACGUAUGUUUCAAAUAGGUUGAUAUAGUAUUUGCUUGGACGGCGUGUAGUUUAUAGAGCACUAUUUUUGGAUCACGGGUGUGUGUAUGUCUAGUUAUUGCUAUAUAUAUAUUUCGAAAACUUUUAAUUGGUAGCUCCUAAGAGAGAUUGAAGAUGAUUUAGUCGUCAAUAGUGUUUAUAGACGUGGAAUGAAAUUCGGG